AUGGAGAAAUCACACCAUGAACUCUACUGUGCCGCGGCUAUUGCCAAUAUGGAGGGCUGUAGAAAGCUCCCGUUUCCCCUGACAGAAGCGAAAGAGACCACGAGACUGCCUUUCCUUGAGGACCGAGUCAGGACCCUCGAAGCCGCCAUACAAAUCACGCAGCCGCCUCCUGAUACAGAGCAGUCCUGGACAGGGCUUGCCUUUCGUAUCUGGAGACUGCGCGGCAGAAUGCAAAGCCGCGGCAUGGCUAUGAUGUUGGUUGAUCACCCUUGGCCCGCACAAGACGACAAAUCAAUGCUGCCGAAUCUCUCGGGUAUCUCUGUGCAAGAUAUCCAAAAAGCCAUCGACAGCAUCCGAACAUUUGCACCACGCACUCUAUGGCCCAAGGAAGGAAGCGUUGACGAGAUGCUGAGUUUCGUUUUACAGAAGCUCUGCCAUAUCGCUGGCUGGAGGAACAACUCGCUCAGGACCAUACCAGUGACUCCUGUUGAUAUGUACAUUUGCGCCCUCAAGCAAUCCCUUCUUGCUGAAGUCUCUGGACCAGUGGGACCAAUGCCCUUUGUGCCUCCCCCUCGCCCCCAGCCCAAGAAGUUGUCCUGUGGUUGUUGUGGUUGCACUUGUCACAAGGCCCCUGUUCAUUUCGGAAUACUGCGACAUGGGCACGGGGAACGUUCGUUGAGUCAAGGCUCAAAACAGAAGUUUUCUUGGUUGAAGAAGCUCCUUUUCUGGAGAAAAAAAGAGGUAGAUGACAUCGCUUCUACCUGCUCGUCUGGGUCUAGUACGGCCAUAGUUGAUUAG